AUGGCUAGCAGUAGAGACGAAUUGAAAAUUUAUUGGAAUAAAAUUUAUUAUGCAUUUCCAAUUCUAAAUGAUAUGCUGUUUACUGAUUGCUCAGAUGAAGAAUAUCAAGAAAUUCAAGAAAUUAUCAUCGGGUUGGGCAUACAAAUUAAAAUUCGUGAUCUUGUUUUAGUGCACAUCGAAAAAUAUUUACGUCAACAUGUAGCUCCUUCUUUUUGGGCAAAAUUUAUAAAAGUAGAAGAAGAAGUAAAAGGUUUCCAGUUAUUUAAGUCAGCUGUAAACGAUUUGUACGAAUCCUUAAAAAAUUUUUCGCCUAUUCUAAAUAAAUUAAACACUUUGAAUAACUGUUGUGGUGAUAAUAAGCCAAUAUUUGGUGAAAGAGAUGUUCUUAUGGGAUUCAAGCAGUUAUUACGUGCCACCUUACUCUCCCAGUUGCCAUUGGACUUUCCUGUUAUAAUUAAUCACUUUUAUAAAAUCUCAUUUAAUGUGUUUGACAAUGAAUAUGAGAAUUCGGAGAUGCCUGAUGAUAUAAUGUGUUCUGGCUGUUGGAAUGAGUCUAUUGAUUGCAACUGUGCUUACAUUGUGAAAAUAUUUCAUGAUACUAAUAGAAAACUAGUGGAAUUACAACUUCUUGAAAGAUUAACUGGUCAAGUAUUGACUAAUUUUAUACAGUUAAGGAUUGAAUCACAUAUACAAAAAGUAUGUGCAGGUACAUUUGAUGUGUCUCACAUUGGUUUCCUUGAAAACUGGUUAGAUACCACAGUAAUGUCCUGGUUGACUAGAAUUUACUGCGCCGGUUCAUCAAAACCUCAGCCAGAUAAUCAUAUUGUUUUGAAUGCAAUAUCUAAAUUUAAGCAAAAAUUAAGUUAUUUUCUAUACCAUAGUUACACUAAACUGAGAAUUGAUCAGUUAUUUAACAUAGUCAUUGAUUACCCAGACUCCCAGGCAGCAGUAGAUGAUAUCAAACUAUGCUUAGACAAAACAGAUUUGAGAUCUACGCUGUGUAAAAAAUUACAGAAUGCUCUAGAAACUAGGUUACUGCAUCCAGGAGUUAACACUACAGACAUUUUAACAGCAUACAUAUCAACCAUACGAGCUCUGAGACAUUUAGAUCCAUCUGGAGUAAUUCUUGAAACUGUAACCAAACCAGUCAGAAGUUACUUGAGGAAUAGAGAAGAUACUGUAAGGAGUGUUGUUAGUAGUUUGACAGAAGAGGGAGCUGGUAGUGAAUUAGCUGAGGAAUUGGUUAAGUUUGCUGUAGAUAAUGAUAAUGAAAACGAUAAAGAAGAAGAUUGGGAUGAGUGGGAGCCAGAUCCUGUAGAUGCUGAUCCUAAAGUUAAUUCCUGCGAUAGGAAAGCUAGCGAUAUUAUAUCAAUGCUUGUAAAUGUGUAUGGCAGUAAAGAGUUAUUUGUCAAUGAGUAUAGAACUCUCUUGGCUGACAGGUUACUGGGACAGAGUGUUAUAAAUACUGAAAAGGAAAUAAGAUAUUUAGAACUGUUGAAAUUAAGGUUUGGUGAAUCUCAACUGCAUUUCUGUGAAGUUAUGCUGAGGGAUGUCUCGGAUUCAAAAAGACUAAAUGCUCUCAUACAACAGGACAGGAACUUUGAGUCUUUAAACAGCAAAUUUUCUUCAAAUGCUAUGAUUCUUUCUGCACAAUUUUGGCCCCCAUUUAAAGAUGAGAGUCUUGAACUACCAGAGGAAAUAAAACAACAUUUUGAAGCUUAUACCAAAUGUUACGAGACUCUCAAAGGUAACAGAACGUUAAGUUGGAAACCACAUUUAGGUAAUGUGAAUAUAGAAAUUGAAAUAGGGACAAAGAAAUUAGAUCUCAUUGUUUCACCUUUCAAUGCCACAUUGAUAAUGCACUUCCAAAAUAAACCAGAAUGGUCUCUUGAAGAAUUGCAUCAAGUAAUGAAGGUACCAAUUACAAUAUUAAGAAGAAAAAUUACUUACUGGCAAUCUCUUGGGAUUAUAACUGAAAAAACCACCGACAACUAUGCAUUAGUUGACGGGAGCGAAGCAAGUAAACCAAGUGGUAGUAGAAACCAAGUCCAGGAUAUGAUUUGUGAGGAUGAGGAAACAGAAAGUGUAAUGGCUUCUGCCCAUGAUCAAAGGGAGGGUGAGCUUCAAGUAUUCUGGUCAUACAUAGUUGGUAUGCUAACUAAUCUAGAUUCAUUACCUUUGGAAAGGAUUCAUCAGAUGCUAAAAAUGUUUGCAUCACAAGCUCCUGGUACCGAAUGUAGCUUACAGGAAUUAAGACAAUUCUUAGAUACUAAAGUUCGCACACAUCAACUUAUUUUACAGGCGGGAAUGUAUAAGUUACCUAAAACAUAG